CCUCCCCAAAUUGAGUUGCUGCUUCCAAAAUUUGUUGAUGGCUUAGGCCUUCUCUUUCAAAAACUAGUUUGUUCCUUGCUAUCCAAAGUUGCUACAUAAGUCACGGUGGGGGUUAUCACGCCGGAGUUCUACCACGUCGUCAUUACGUUGCUUGUGCACAACUCAAUAAAUAGUGCCAUAGUGAUUUCUUCUACUGGCCAAAUCUCAAACAAAUCGAGGAAAUUGCAAGUAACAUCUCAUGGGGUCUCCUUCUUACUGGUAACCGAUUAUGAAAUACCUUCAUAGAAAAAUUUUGAUCUUUGCCUCUUUGGUAGGUAUUUCAGGUCCCAUAAGGAAGAUCAUUGUCUCUUUGACUUGCAUUAUUAUAGGAGUAAUUUUAACUGUGGGUGGUGAAAUUCGUGGACAACCUUGUAACUCGAAGUAACAGUGUACAAACCCUUCUUCUCGAGUGAUCAGGGAUGCAUUGGAGACAAAAUGGAAAAAGGUGAAGACCUUAAGGGCCGAGCAAGUAAGAAAUCAACACAAUCACACUCUAAGGAAGCACACCAACGGAGGGCACACAAAACUUCAACACCUUCUAUGGAAAGCACAUGUGCUAGAGAGAUGGAGGAGGGAGCCAUAAAAAGACAACCCCGUAAGACCACUAAACCACCACCAUCGAGGCUAGGCCGCAAAGAACCAUCGGAAAAACACUCAGUGAUGCAUAAUAAAAACAGGAAAGCUACCACGAGAAAGGUGCGCAUUGUCAAAGGCAAAUCAUGGACAGACAGCACAAAAUCACCUAUAGAGGGAGCUGCCUCAAAGCCGAAGGAGACACAUUUAAUAGCUACCGACUCUGAUGAGGAGGAUAAUGAGCCAAUCGCUAAGAGAAUGUGCCGCCUACUUCAACAUGUGGGAAGCCCACAAGAUGAGAAACAAGCCAAUGACGAGGUCAAUGUCAAUCAUGAGAAAACUCCUACAAAACUGUUAGUUACCAAUGAUCGCACUCCAACCAUUCUAUCAACAGCAGUAGUACCACUUGAAGGAUAUGAUUUUGAGAGGCAAGUUCUUUGUGACAAAAUCUGUUGUUUGUCCAUGUUGCAUAUGCUAUCAUUCUAAUUACUUUGAAUGAAUGAAGUGUUACUUUUAUCUAAAAUCUGUUGCUUUUUUCGCAGCGACCCUAGCAUUUUGUCCUUGCGGUGCCCGGAAAGUGAAAAACUGUGGAAAAACAAUGAACAAGGUCGGCACACAAGGCCGAUAAGCCUGGAACCGAUCCAAAUUAUGCUGCCAAAGAUUUUACAUUGCCACACACCGAGUCCAACACGACCUAGCUUCUCUUUUAGGUUGACUCAGUUAAGAAAGACACCCACCCCAUCCCCUACUCCAUUAGUACAUCUGAGACUUAAGAGUUUAAAGUUGGACAAGAGUAAAGAGAAACUAGUCCAAGGAUGGAUUCUGAAUACGUCCCUCGACAAAGAGCAGCCCUUGGCAAAGUACGAAAGUAGACCGUAUCUAGUAUUGCUCAGGAAGGACCUAUGGACGUUGAAAGCCCGUAGCUGGGUCAACAACAACAUCAUACUAUGGAUGUGCUACAUAUUCAACGGAACAGCGUCAUCGAGAUUUAGACGUGAUUUUUACUGCGUGUCUCCGGGGAUAUUAGAAACGGUCAUGCACCAACGAAAUCUGGAUGCCUUUCAUGAUACGGCAAUUCCGGUGUAUAUAGGGUUGGGUGCAAACUUCGGUGAGGACACUAGAUUCUUCAACAAAGUCGAAGCAGCUAGGAGAAAAUGGUGGUUGAUUCCCAUAUGUUUGAACAACCAUUGGUGCCUCUAUGCGUUUGAGGUGGCCAAAAAAAGGAUGCUGGUACUCGAUCCUAUGCAUUCUGAGGCACCCGAUGCUGGUCGGAAUAAAUUGGAUGCAUAUGCGGGGAGACUGGUUGAAGACAUGGCCAAAGUUGCCAUCCCAUCGUACGAGCGCACCACGCAUGGCCCGCCUCGUGCAUACGCCAAAGUCCCUAAGCAACCAAAUAGCUAUGAUUGUGGCAUUUAUGUCAUAAAAUUUAUGGAGAGGUGGACUGAAGACGGUCAACUUGAUGCAUGGGACAAUGAUAUUCUUAGGUCAAUUAGGUCGGAGUUGAUGCUAGACAUCGUUAUGGGUCCACGAAAUUCAUUGGUUGAUCAGGUGCGAACGUUAUUGGAAGCUAAAGAUGUACCUAUACACCGCAAUCAUCCAAGAAACAAGUGUAAGGAGGUCAGCACACCAUUCACAGCACCAAGAACAAGAACUCUGGUACAGCAGGCCAAAGGAUUACCCAUGAAAAGAACUGAUAAAGGGAGAAAAAAUAGCUGAAUAAAUUUGAAUAGUACAAUUCACUUUGGCACAUUUUAUUUGU